UAUUUUUAUUGUAUAUCGUCUCAUAUCUGUAUUUCAAUUCAUGCUUUUUUUUUUUUAAAUAAAGCGAACCAGUUGAUAAAGAGUCGUAAAGAGUCAGUAAUAGUCUCGGCUAUUUUAGUUUUUAGAUUCAAGUAAUUUUAAGGGCAUAAUUAUGUCGUUGGCUAGUAAAUUAGUAUUAAUUAUUUUGAGUGUGUUUAUAGUUUUUGUUGCUUAUUCAAUUCAUUCAAUUUUACAACCUCCAAAAUUAGAUAAACCGCUACCAGAAACAUGGUGGACUGAUAAAGAUCCCAAAGAUGUUGAUGAAUCAAUUCAACAAUUUUCCAUAAACAUUGAUGAAACGGUUCUGGAAGAUUUAUAUCAUCGUCUAGAUCUGUUUCAAGAACACACUUUACCUUUACAAGAUGCCAAUUUCACGUACGGCUUUAAUACCGAUUAUCUGUACAAUGUAAUCGACUUUUGGCGCAAUCAAUAUGAUUGGAGACAACGGGAAAAAUUCUUGAACCAAUAUCCACAUUUCAUAACAAACGUACAAGGAUUGGACAUACAUUUUAUGCAUAUUAAACCAAAAAUAACGAAAAAUGUAAAAGUUUUACCCUUAUUGUUGUUGCAUGGAUGGCCAGGAUCAAUUAGAGAGUUUUAUAGAGCAAUUCCACUUUUAAUAACACCACGAGAUGGUUAUGUUUUUGAAGUGAUUGUACCAUCAUUACCUGGUUAUGGAUUUUCUGAAGGUGCUACUAAAAAAGGAUUGGGAUCCAGUCAAGUGGCAGUCGUCAUGAAAAAUUUAAUGUUAAAGCUUGGAUUUAAAAAGUUUGUAGUUCAAGGAGGUGAUUGGGGUGGCGUUAUUGCUCAAAACAUUGCUACACUAUUUCCAGAAAAUUUAAUAGGAAUGCAUUCAAACAUGUGCUCAAUAAAUACACCUGCUACAUUCUUAUUAACAUUAAUUGGUUCAGUUUUCCCACGACUUGUUGUUGAAAAAGAAUACGAACACUUAAUAUAUCCAUAUAGUUCAACGUUUAAGCAUUUGCUUGAGGAAUCUGGAUAUAUGCAUUUGCAAGCGACAAAACCAGAUACAAUUGGUAUCGCCUUACGAGAAUCUCCUGUUGGAUUAGCUGCAUACAUUAUGGAAAAAUUUUCAACAUGGACUGACAAAUCUUGGAAACACUUACCUGACGGUGGUUUAACCAGAAAAUUCACUUUAACUGAAUUACUAGAUAAUGUUAUGAUAUACUGGGUGACUGGAUCUAUAACAACUUCGGUGCGAUUGUAUGCAGAAACAUUCAGUAUAGCUCAUUUGUCAUUGAAUAUUGAAAAUAUUCCAACAAAUGUUCCAUCAGCUUGUGUCAAAUUCCCUAAUGAACUAUUAUAUCAACCGAAUUAUCUUCUAUCAUUCAAGUUUUAUAAUCUAAUUCAAACAACUCACUUUCCAAGAGGCGGACAUUUUGCAGCUUUCGAAGAACCCGAUUUAUUAGUUGAUGAUGUAUUUUUAUUUGUUAAAAAAUUAAAUGUUUAAUAUUAUAAUUUUUGUUGAUUUUAUAUUUUUAAUAAAAUAUUUUUUAAAUUUAUACAAA